AUGGAGUUAACAUACGAAAAAUUGCUGAAGAAUUUGGUUGCGGAAAAACUCAAAUUGCAAAUAUUCGUGAAAAUAAAGAAUCAUGAACAAUUUGAAGUCCAAGAUGAUGAAGAGGAAGAAGAGGCUCCAGUCCAAGGAGUUUCUACAAAGAUGGCAUUACAAUGUGCCAGGAAGCUAACUUCCUAUUUGAUACAUAUGGGCAAUAGAGAAUUGUUACAAUUUUCUGAGAACAUUGAAAAUAUUUUAGAAAUUGAAUUGUUAAAAACAAAAUGUUUUGGCAAACAGACAACUAUGAAUGAUUUUCUUCCAUAA